GCCCGUCACCAAGCACGUGACUAGUUUGUGGUUACAAUUAGCGCCAUACAACUCUGUAUUUGUUGUACCACACUUGUAUACUCCUCGAGCCAAUCAACGAUGAUGAAGAUGUCACUGGAGAUGUCGAUGCACGUCACUUAUUAUCAGAUAUACGAAUAUGAGAACUUUGGGAGCUGACAAACGACCGUCAUCACUGAACAGACAAAGUUAUAUCACUCUACUUGAAAUAGCUUCCUGUCAUAAAUCACGCUUCUUACUUCCGCUAAAUACAAUUUAGACUCAACGCAUCACCCAUCCCACUCGCCACCAUGUCGGACCUCUACGCCAAAGUCAACGACCACUACUCCUCCCUCGCCCGCGAGGACAUCGCCGUCAACGAGGAGCACAUCCGCAAGGUCGCCCUCUCCUUCGGCUACAAUCCCGCCGAUCUCAGCAGCAUCCCCGAUGGCGCCAACCUUGGUGUUAGCUGCGGGAACCCGCUUGCCAUCGCCGGGUUGAAAGAGGGCGAAACAGUCAUCGACCUCGGCAGCGGCGGCGGAUUCGACGUCUUCCAAGCCGCCACCAAAGUCGGCCCAACGGGUAAAUCCAUCGGCGUCGACAUCAGCGACGACAUGCUCGACCUCGCCAACAAGAACCUCUCCAAAUCCGAUCUCAAAAACGUCUCCUUCGUCAAAGCCCCCAUCACCGCUACAACCCUCCCCUCGGGUGACGCAGACUGCAUCAUCAGCAACUGCGUGAUCAACCUCGUCCCCGGCGCUGACAAGGCACUCGUCUUCUCCGAGAUCUGGAGGUUGUUGAGGCCGGGGGGACGGGUGGCUGUGAGUGAUAUUCUGGCGAGGAAGGAGUUGUCGCCGGAGCUGAAGGGGCAUUUGGGGUUGUAUGUGGGUUGUAUUAGUGGUGCGAGUUUGGUGGGGGAGUAUGAGGCGUGGUUGAGGGGGGUUGGGUUCCAGGAUGUGUUGAUUGUGGAUAAGAAGAGUGAUCUUAAUAUCUAUAAGGAGAGGACUGAUGCAGAGGAGAAGGGAUGUGACGCACCGGCGGUGGCGUCGUCGUCUUGCUGUGGGACGAGGAUCCCCAUCACGGAGAAGGCUGAUGUUGCCAACAUUGACUUCAAUGAGUGGGUUGGCUCCUUUGAGGUGUAUGCCGUCAAGCCGGCCGAUGCUUAGAUGGAAGUGGAAUACUGUCGAUGCCCAUUAAAUGCCUUCAUAGACGAAUAUACGAAAAAUUCCAAAUGAUGUCCAGUAACCAGACCAUCGAUGCGAUGGCAUAUAAUUCACGCUCGUCAAGACACGGCUGCAGAGUAAUCGCUUUUGCAUUGUUACUCUUCU